AUGUCCUCCAAGCGCGGCCGCAAGCGCAACGACAACCUGCCCCCUAAUCGCGCACGGGACGUUCAGAGAGCGUUCCGAGCUAGACGAGCUGCACACCUCGAGGCCCUCGAAAAUAGAGUUGCAGAACUCGAAGAGGAGAACAACACGCUUCGCGCCGCCCUCAGCCUCCCUCCUGCCAAUCGCCCUCCUCUCGGCAAGGGCCCGACCGGCAAAGACAAGCCCAAGGCUUCUGGGUCGAAAUCUGCCACGGCUUCAGGCCUCCUAUCCUCCCCCGCUUCCGGCGCCCCCAUGCCUCCUCUAAGUCGCACCGAGUCGCCAUUAUCGACCGGUUCUGCAAGC